AUGAACGUGCACCUGAAUAUGAACACCACGGUCACCGGGCGCAGCGACUCUGUCAUCAUGCCCAUCUUCGGCCUCGUCCGCUUCAACCUAUCCGCCGCCACCACUGGACCGCAGUACUUUACCUCAGAGCUCUGCUACUCGGAGGUGAACUGCACGACUCUGUGUACUGAGGCACUCAUGAGUCACGUUAGGUCGUGCCAGGUGGAGCGCACCAUCAUGCCGCUCAUCAUCGUCUUCUGGGUGGUGCCAGUCGUUGCCUGCAUCGGUUUGCUCAGGGCCCUGUACGUCCACUGGCGUGCCGAAGAGCGGCAUAAGGCGCUUGGCCGGUCGUCGGAGGUCGUUCGGACCUCACCGCGCUCCGCCCCGACCUGAAGACCACGGCAGCGCGCACUAAGCACCCCUCGAUCUUCCUCCCCGUCAUCCACUGUCUUUAGUGACUGCGUUGAAGCUGGACAGAGAAGUAGCCAUCUAGCCGACCCCCCCCCGUAAUCAAACUUCAGCUGCUCCCGUCGUAGCUCCCAUUCAGGUCAAUGAGGAGGACUAUUUCACCGCGGCGAAGAGGCAUUGUGUCUUCCCUCGCAGCGGCAUACAGAGCGCCCGAAGCGACCGCGGCAAAGAAGUCGACGCUGCACACCGCCGCACCAUCUCAGCGAAAGACCAAGCCGGAACAGAAUCGCCACGUCUAUGGUAAAGACGGCGACGACCACUAUAACCACAAGACGUUAA